AUGUCAUCUGAUAAUUUAUUAUUUUUCAAAGAGUAUGAAGUCAUUCUUUGGAAUUGUGAUUAAGAUCCGCCUAAAUAAUUUAAAUCUAAAUUCGAAAUUACAUGCACAAAUGGUGAAGAAAUUAUGUACAGUUUUGAAGGAGCUAUUUUAAGAGUAGAUAAAAUUUAUGCAGGAUUUAAGGAGCCAGAAGUAUUGACCAAUUUGGAGUAAAUAAAAAAUCUACAAUGGAUAGGAUAAUAUGAUUAAAAUAACUUAAAGAUUGGCCCAUGGCAAGUCUUGUGGAAAUAUGAAUAAUUAACAAAUGUAGGAGGAGAAUACUCAAAGCAAGGAAAUAAAUAAGGAUAAUGGAAAGAGAUUAUAUAGAAUUAUUGGAGGUAAGUUUGA